UAAAAAUAAACUUGUAUUAUUACGGCGAAAAUGUUAUCAACAAUUCGACCAUUAACGAGACAAAAAACACACGUACAUUAUCAACAUUAUUAUUUGAAUAAUUCAAUAUUAACAGUAGGAACAUUAAUACAACAGGCUACGCGUUUCAAUGUAUAUUUUCCAGGAAGGGAAAUUUCUUAUUUGUUCCCAAAUUCCAAAAUAAGAAAAAAUGAAGAUUAUGCGCCGUCAUCUAUUACUGGUACUACUAUUGAUAAUAAAAAUGGUCCAGUUAAUAAUGAAAUAAAAUUCGAGACUAAGGUAUCUCAAAACAAGGACGAUAAAAAUAUAACCGCUAAAUCUGGACCGAAUGAUUUAAAUAAAAGUAUCACUGACGUAUUAAGAGAACUUGCUAAGCAAGAAAGAGCGGCUGGUGAUAAUUUUAGGGAACGUGCAUAUUAUGCUGCAAUAAAGUCUAUUGAAGCAUACCCAAAGAAAAUAGAAUCAGGAAAAGAAGCUCGUGAACUUAAAUUUAUUGGACCAAGUAUUGAAAUGAAAAUCGAUGAAAUAUUGAAAACGGGUACAUGCUCUCAUGUAACAGGAUAUCCUGAUAGUGCUGAAAGACAACUAUUUAAUGAGUUGAACAAAGUACCGCGAAUUGGAAGGAUCAGAGCGUUAAAAUAUUUGAGCAAAGGUUACAAGACUUUGGAAGAAAUUAGCAAUUGUUCAAACUUACAACCCGAUCAAAAAUAUAUUAUCAAGCAUAUAAAUGAAUUAGGUGAGACAAUUCCAAGAUGGGAGAUGAACUUAUUGCUGGAAUAUAUUAUGAAACAAUUGGAUAAUCGGGAUAAUCGAUAUCUUAUUGAAGCAUGCGGAAGUUUUCGACGCGGAGCAAAAUAUUCUGAAUCAUUGAAUAUUGUAAUUUCACAUCCUGAAUUCAAAGAAGAUACCACUGAAAGUAUUAAUGAUUUUUUGGAGAAGUUUAUUAAUGAUUUAAAGAUCCAAGGAUUCUGUACUGAAUAUUUUCCAAAAGGAUCUUCUAAAUACCUUACGAUUUGUCGAAUUCCUCAAACAAAUAAAAAAGCAAAACCAUAUUUACGUCGUAAAAUUGAAUUAAGAGCUGUACCGUAUAAGAAUUAUUGGCUUACAGUUUUAGCAAAAACAGGAGAUGAAGUAUUUUAUAAAAAAUUACAAAGAAAAUCACUUGAAAAUGGUUUUCGAUUAAGUGAAACUAUAUUAGCACCAAUAGAUCCAAAUAGUGGUAUGGUUGGAGAACCGUUAAUAGUUAAUAGUGAAAAUGAUAUUUUUAAAAAUUUGAAUAUAAAAUAUUUAGCACCAGAGUCUCGAGCUUGGAAAGGUUCAUAACAAAUAAACAUUAGAUCUAGUUGUUAUUGAUUAAAGAAAUGAAUAGGGAAAAAAACCAACCUAAAAAUAUUAAUUUUUACUACA